CUCAUUUCAUCAUUUCUUCUCUCUCUCUCUCUCUCUCAAAAGAAAGCAGAAAACUUUAGUGCAAAAGAAGACCCUAAGAAAAGUCUUCUUUUUUUCUUUCUGAAAAGAUGAUGUUUGAGAAAGACGAUCUGGGUCUGAGCUUAGGCUUGAAUCUUCCCAAGAAACAAAUGAAUCUCAAAUCUAACCCAUCUGUUUCUCUUACUCCAUCUUCUUCUUCUUUUGGAUUACUUCGAAGAUCUUCCUUCAACGAGAGUUUUAAUUCUUCAGUUCCAUACUCAGAUUCGAGUCGUGUAGAAACAAGAACCUUCAUCCGUGGAAUCGACGUGAACCAACCACCUUCUACGGCGGAAUACGGCGACAAAGACGCCGGAGUAUCUUCUCCGAACAGCACAGUCUCGAGCUCCACCGGUAAAAGGAGCGAGAGAGAAGAGGACACAGAUCCGCAAGGCUCAAGAGGUAUCAGUGACGAUGAAGACGGUGAUAACUCGAGGAAGAAGCUUAGACUCUCCAAAGAUCAGUCUGCUAUUCUCGAAGAGACCUUCAAGGAUCACAGCACUCUCAACCCGAAGCAGAAGCAAGCUUUGGCUAAGCAAUUAGGAUUAAGAGCAAGACAAGUGGAAGUUUGGUUUCAGAACAGACGAGCAAGGACAAAGCUGAAGCAGACGGAGGUUGACUGCGAGUUCUUACGGCGAUGCUGCGAGAAUCUAACGGAAGAGAACCGUCGGCUACAGAAAGAGGUAACGGAGCUGAGGUCGCUUAAGCUCUCUCCUCAGUUCUACAUGCACAUGAACCCACCCACCACACUGACCAUGUGCCCUUCAUGUGAACACGUGUCGGUCCCACCACCACCACCUCAAGUUGCUGCGUCCGGACACCACCAGAGGUCGCUGCCGGUCAAUCCAUGGGCUCCUGCUACGAGGGUUUCUCACGGCUUGACGUUUGACGCGUUUCGUCCUCGGUCCUAGUCUCUCUCUCUAGUUUUGCAACCAAAAGGCAUUCCGGUCAUUUUACUCAGUUUCUUGGGGACCAGAUGCAUGUAGUUGUUGUCAACAAGUAGUAUGUACUAUUUUUAGAAAAAAUACAUUAAUAUUUUCUCCCUUAAAUCAUCAUGUUGAUGCUAACAAGUAACAACAGAUGUUUACAAUUACAGCCAAUUAUUCGAUAUUUAUUACUUGAAACAGUUUUUUUUA